CAAUUUGUUUUCUUGGGCAAAUCACGAUUGUCAGCAUUUCAUCACUUAAUUCAUUUGAUGGCAUUUGCACAUCUGCAGUGGCAACACCAAAUUGAGAAAUGAAAUCGAACACCACUUUUUACACCAAAGUUUCUCGUUUAGGCGUGUUUAUGUAUUCGAGACUGGCUUGCUCUAAAUGAAUUGAUGGCUGACGAUGAUAGUACCUGAUUCUAGGUAGUUUAACUCUGGAGAGUGAACGAAGGACGUUGUGACGAUUCAUGUGAAUGUGACUAAAUAAGUGAUUGAAAAGCCAUGUUAAUCCAUCGUUUUUGUAAGUGCAAAUAUAGAAUCGCCCUCUGUCUUGGAAUGAUUCACUUUUUUGGGUUUGGUCAACCAUCGUGUCUUCAGGGAGACAUUGCUUACGAAAGAAUUCCUGGGUAUCGGCUUGAUGGCUUUGUUGAGGCUGAGGUUUUUUCCUCCGGAUCAGCAGAAUUAUGUGCCGAAUUAUGUUCGGGGAGGAGACAAGAAACACUUGGUCUGGACUAUUCCUCAAUUCCUCGAAACUUGUCGUUGUCGUGUGGUUUUUUCAAUUUCAAAAUUGGAAUAGAGAACCCCCCUUCGUACACCUCUUUUAGUGUAGCGUCACAGCGAGGAUCAAAAUCACAAUGCUAUUUUCCUAUGAAAGUUGAUUUGACCAAAGAGGUUAUGCUUCGUGAGCAAAGUGGAUUUGAUACAUUCAACCAAAUUUGUCUGCAAGGUACGAGAGAAUUUAUUGAAAAACAUUGCCCAACUAUUGUGAACAUUUUCACCCGAGUUCCUGGCCGUAAACCCUUGCAGUCAUCACUAACUCGUAUACACGUUUCUUCAAGGGAAGAAUGCAUUGAAACAUGCUUGCUUACAACUGCAUUCCAUUGUUCAUCAGCUUCUUUCAAUAAACGCAAUUUGAUUUGCCACCUGAAUGAUGAUUCUAAUGUUUCCCAAUAUAUCUUGGAAGAGGACAUUGACUACCUGGAAAACAAUUGCAUACCCAAGCGUGGCUCCUCUUCUGAAAAAGGCAAGUUUUCAAAAUUCAUGGAAAGCAGGUUUGUCAAGAAUGUUGAUAAAAGAUGCCAAGGCAGGAGCAAACUUUUUCAAUUGUUUCCUUUGCGCGCACAACAAACUUUGCACGGUUUAGGAUCAAAAAGUAAAUGGAAAUUUAAUUACAUAACUGUGAAUUGCAGAGCCGUCGGGUAAAUCAAUAAAGCCAUGCUUUGACAAAAGUUAUUCGGUUUGUAUUUCAUUAGCAUUUUGGUUUGUGAUUUGAUGACAAAAAGGUUUCUGGUUAUUUUUGGAAAACAAUCACCAGUGAUACCGAAUAUAAGUUUCGCAUUGGUAGUUGGAAACGGGUGUCAAGGAAUAAAGUCAUUUAUUUUGCCGUCUACCAAAGGCUGGGAUGCAUUUCAUCUCUAAAACUACA